AUCCGACUCACCGUCACUUACAAUAAUGAGAAGCACAACAUUGAGAUGGGAGCCCCGCCGGGAGACGGCGAGCCGACCCUCCAGGACUUGGCCGUUCUCGUCCAAAAAGCAACCGGGGUCCCGCUGCCUUUUCAGAAGCUGAUCUACAAAGGGAAGUCGCUAAAGGAGAUGGAGCGAACGUUAUCGUCCCUCGGAGUGAAACACGGCUCCAGAGUCAUGUUGAUUGGGAAAAGGAAUAGUCCCGAGGAAGAAGCAGAGCUAAAGAAACUCAAAGAUCUGGAGAAAUCCCUGGAGCAAAUAGCCAACAAAUUAGAAAAUAUUAAUAAAGAGCUCAGCGGGAUUCAAAGGGGUUUCCUGGCGAAGGAUCUGAAAGCGGAAGCGCUCGGCAAACUUAGCAAGAGGAUAAAGGGAACCAUGGAGCAGUUUAUGGAGGUCCUGGAACAAGUUGAUUCAUUAACGCUGCCAGAAACCUUCAGCGACUGCAGGUUGAAGAGGAAGGGCUUGGUGCAGAAGGUGCAGGCUUUCCUCGCCCAGUGCGACACAGUCGAGAGAAAUAUCGACCAGGAGAUGGAAAAGCUGCAGUCCAAGAACCUGGCGCUGACAGAUUGAGGGUCCCGGCCCCCCCGGAGACCAGGAGAUUACGCUCCGGGACCCUCGGACCAGCGGUUUCUCUCUCGGCGUAUCGGAAACAUAAACGGAGUUUCCGGAAGAAACUCGGGACGGCCCGGUGGGAGCGCGGGUGCUUCCCUUCUCAGCUGUUCCAUCUCAGCGGCGAAGAUCUCCAUGGGGAGACAUCACCCGGGACAUUUUUUGGAAAAGUUUCGUCUUCCAGCAGCCUCUUGCAGCCAAACACAAGUUCCAAUAAACCUGAAACUUA